CCCGAGGGCCCCGACGGGCAGGCGCGCCGCUGGGGGACCCUACGGCCCAGGACCUCGUGUCUCUGUCCUCAGCGUCACCAUGUCCUCGGUGUUCGGGAAACCCCGCGCGGGCGGCGGGCCACAGAGCGCACCCCCAGAAGUCAACCUGGCCAUCUUGGGGCGCCGCGGGGCUGGCAAGUCCGCCCUGACUGUGAAGUUUCUGACCAAGAGGUUUAUCAGCGAAUAUGACCCAAACUUGGAGGAUACCUAUAGCUCCGAGGAGACUGUGGACCACCAGCCUGUCCUCCUGAGGGUCAUGGACACUGCAGACCCGGACACCCCCCGGAACUGCGAGCGCUACCUGAACUGGGCCCACGCCUUCUUGGUGGUGUACAGUGUCGAUAGCCGCCAGAGCUUCGAGGGCAGCAACAGCUACCUGGAGCUGCUUGCGCUGCAUGCAAAGGAGACCCAGCGUGGCUACCCCAUUGUGCUGUUGGGCAACAAGCUGGACAUGGCCCAGUAUAGGCAGGUCACCAAGGCAGAGGGCGCAGCUUUGGCAGGCAGGUUCGGGUGCCUGUUUUUCGAAGUUUCUGCCUGCCUGGACUUUGAGCACGUGCAGCACGUCUUCCACGAGGCAGUGCGGGAAGCCCGGCGGGAGCUGGAGAAGAGUCCCCUGGCCCGGCCCCUCUUCAUCUCUGAGGAGAGGGCCCUGCCCCAUCAGGCCCCGGUCACUGCCCGGCACGGGCUGGCCAGCUGCACCUUCAAUACACUCUCCACCGUCAGCCUGAAGGAGAUGCCCACUGUGGCCCAGGCUAAGCUGGUCACUGUGAAGUCGUCCCGCGCCCAGAGCAAACGCAAGGCACCCACCCUGACCCUACUGAAGGGCUUCAAGAUCUUCUGA